CUUGACACACCGCCUGCUUUGCCAAACGCCACGUCCAGUCCAGCGCUGUCAGCCGUUCAUCUCUCAGAGAGGCUUUGGGACGUUGGUGGAUGGUUUAAGACGGCGGUUGCAUUGUUCCUCAUACAAACAUGUCGGGGGUGAACGCUGACAACCUGCAUCGAUCCACCUUGAGGAUUUACUCGAGCUUGAUGGAUGAGUUCAACCCCAGCCUGCAGAAACUGGUCUCACUGGGUGACAGAUACAUGCAUGCUUUUAAGGCUUUUGCUGCAACAAGUGAGGCCUACUUCAGCGCACUUUCCAACAUCGGAGAAAAUGCUCUGCGCACGGUGUCGUCACGCCCGCUGGGAGAUGUCCUGAUUCAGAUCUCUGAGACCCAGCGGCGGCUCACGCUGGAGCUGGAUGGAAUGUUCCGCUGGUUCAGUACGGAGGUCCUUCAGGAGAUGGACACUAACAUUAGAAUAGACAAAGAUUACAUAUCAGGCAGCAGGAAGCACUACGAGAUGGAAGUCAACAACCAGGCAGCAGCUCUGGACAGACAGCUGAGGAGAAGAGAAAAACAGGAUUACAGCGAUUAUAUGCAGUUCCUCAGGGAGAGCAACAGCGAGGCGCAGAAGGAGGAGGAGAGGAGAUACCGCUUCCUGUCGGAGAAGCACUGCAGCCUGAUACAAUCCGUCGCCAGACUCAUGAAUAAGACAGGAGGGGCCCUGCAGCAGACGACUGAUGCCUGGGCCGAGCAGGUGGAAGCUACCAGAGGACACGAGGCCACGCGACCCUCCUGGAGGGGGGCUGGAGUCUCCAGAGGGAUGAAGGAGGAGGAGAUGAGGAGGAGCAGAGAGGAGCUGUCACUUGGCAACGUCCCUUCAAGGGCUCCGUCUCCCCAGGGAAGCAUUUCCCGGCCGACAGGAGGCAGGUUCUCGAGGGCCCGGGUGGCCCACCAGCCCGCUGGCUCAAACCCCACCCUGUUGCCCUUCGCCAGGGGCGAGCUGAUCAGCGUGCUGGUGCAGCAGCCCAAAAACGGCUGGCUGUAUGGACGCGUUGACGGCAGCUCGCGUGAUGGAUGGUUUCCAGCCGCCUAUGUGGAGGCAUUGGAUGACCCUCCAGAGACAUUCAGCUCUCGAAGCUUCUCUCUCCAAAGCAGCAGCAUCAUGGGCGACGUGCCGGACCGACCAAGAAGCAGCAGCAGCCAGAGCGGAGCCCCGCCCCCUCCGGCCCCGCCCCCUUUAUCCUCGUACAAACAGUACGAGACGCGAGCCGUCACGCCGACGCCCGAUAAAAAGGCCGAGACUAAUUCAGACAAAAAGAGAUCAGAACCACAUGGAUCCCAGCCAGAACUCUUCCCCAGGGGCACCAACCCGUUUGCCACAGUCAAGCUGAAGCCGACAUCCACCGAUGACAGAUCGUCCCCGCGUCUAUACCGCCGAUGACAUCUUCACCCCCACAACAUGUCGCGCGUGCCCACAGCGUUGAGCACGACAACUCGUUCCUGACCUUUGAAAUAUCCGAGUUCAUAUGUGAGUGGAUGCUGUCGAGCGUUUUUCUAAAACAGCACUCGGUUCGCUAUGAGACCCACGAAGCUGGAGAAAGAGGACAGAGAAAAUGCAUGAAUAUUUGAUCAUUUUUGGGUUCGCAGUAGGACUGUAGAUGUAUAUUUUUAGAGCCUGGUAAACUACUACUUUUCUGACAUUCUGAUGAUAACAUAUAUGAGAAUGACAUUUUGUUUUGUCAUAAGCAGACAAUAACUUCCCAUGGAAAGUUUCCGAAAAUGUCCCACCUCUUUGUAACCCUGCUUUCUUAUUUUUUGAGGUAAAAGAGCCCGAGCCAUAAUCGCGAUGAAACGGGCGUUCACGGGGUAAUGACAUUCCGUCUUUGUGGCAUCAUGGAGUUACUCUCAGGUGUCCUUUUUAAACUGAUUUCACCAUGAUGAUGUUGAUCCAUCAAACAUGAGAAAUAGUCUUAAAAACUAACUAAACUAAACAAAAUCAUCAGCAAUAAAGACUUAAUAUAGUAUUUCUUUCUCUAACAUUGUAUUGUAUAAUAAUAUCCAACUAACUUUUACCAUAGACCUCAGCGACGCAGUGCCUUUCUGAGCCAUACAGUGUUUUAAGUGAUAUCUUCUUAGCUCCAGGUCUGUGUUUAUUCGCUCAGGCAGUAAAGAGGAUUCCAGCGCUGAGUGUUCCGGUGCCCCGCCGGGGAUACUUAACCCAAAUUGAACCCCAGCGUGAAUCCAAUUCUGCUAAUGGCUUGACAGCACGUCUUGGCUAAUCUAGCACAGAACUUCUCAAUAAAGACUCUGGAAUAAU